UUGAAGUUCGAUUCAAUUUUGAUUCCUAUGACUCCAAUCGGUGCUUCGUCAGUCCAAAAUGUUGCCGUCCUGGCCGAUUAUUCAACGACUUUCUCAUCCAGUACUGAUUUCGAUUCUGAAUCUCGGUCAACAGCAGUCUCCUUCGCUGAUGAUUACAGUUCAGCAGCAUAUCACCAACAACAUCACCAUCAGCCACAACAACAUUCAUUACUGUCUCUGUUAAUCAUCUGUUUUUCGAUUAGUUUAAUGAUCAUUGCCACCUUGAUCGGCAAUGCAUUAAUAAUGUUAGCUGUUCUACUGGUACGUAAACUUAAACAACCAGCUAAUUUCCUCCUUGUUUCAUUGGCAUUUGCCGACUUUUGUGUUGGCUUGUUAGUGAUGCCAUUAGCGCUCGUUGAUCUACUCAGCGAUCGUUGGAUAUUGGGUGAAGCUUUAUGUCGGCUUUGGACUUCGGCCGAUCAGACACUUUGUACGGCAUCUAUAAUAAAUUUGUGUAUGAUUAGUGUGGACCGUUAUUGUGCGGUCAGUAGACCACUUCGCUAUGCGGCACAACGUACUCGAAAACGUAUCUGUUGCUAUGUGUUAAUCGUUUGGAUUGUCGCACUCAUUGUUAGUGUAUCGCCAUUGGUCAUUUGGCCUGCGAAACGUAUUGAAGGUACAUGUCAGGUGAAUCAAAAUGCGGUCUACCAAAUUUAUGCAACUACGAUAGCCUUCUAUGGGCCAACAAUGAUCAUGAUAAUUCUUUACGUUAAAAUGUGGCUUGCGGCUAAACGGCUCACAGAUCAAGACCGCAUCGCUAAGAAAAGCAUUAAUGGCUUUGAACAACCAACAGCUACGGCUACAGCGACAACAACAACGACAAAUACACGAAAGCUACAUCGACCAUCAACCAUUUUACAGAAAAUACCAUUGGUUCACAAUGGCAAAGUGCAAGAAAGGCGUGAAGGGAAAGCACGCAAAACGUUAGGUGUUAUAAUGAGCGUUUUCAUCGUUUGUUGGGUUCCGUUUUUUCUGAUUGCACUGCUGAAGCCACAUGGCAUAAUUCCGCCACGAUGGUUGGAUCAUCUCGUACUUUGGCUUGGCUAUUCUAACAGAAAAAUGAGCGAACAAUUGAAGAGUUCUUCCGGCAGUGAAGAAGUGUGA